AUGACGACAAAGUCCUCCCAACAACCUAUGGAGAGCUACGGCCGCCGCUUGAUUGUGGAGUUUAUUGGAGUGCUUCUGGGCACCAACAGCGAGCUUGUGCGCCAGGAGGUUGUGAGGCUCGGCGGCGUGCGCACCUGUUUGGAUCUCUUUUUCAGAUUUCACUUCAACAACUUUUUGCACCACCACGUGGAGAGGAUGGUAAUGGCCAUUCUGGAGAGUGGCAGCUCGUUGCUGCUGGAGCAUCUCUUCGUGGAGUGUGACCUCCUCAACCGAAUCAUGACCGCCUAUGACGACCCCCAUGCGCCAGAUUCACGCCCGGAGCCGCGAGCUGCGUCAGCGAGAGUGCCUGCACGGAGCGGGUACAUGGGGCACCUGACGAGAAUAGCCAACCGGAUCUGCCAGUUGGCAGCGUCAAACUCUCAGAUCGAGGCCCACGUUCAGGCGAAUCCACGGUGGGCGGAUUGGCAGAAGAACGUUCUCAGAAAACGUCUUUUGCUCGAGAAUGUCUACCAGUGGUCUUGCGGGCGGCCAGCAGCGCUGGACGACCGGCCAGGCGACAGUGACGAUGACGAGUUCAACAGCCGCGACCGGGACUUUGACAUCUCCACCAUCUCGCUCACAGGGGGCUCGAACGCCAACAGGAGCUACGGCCAAUACGCCUAUGGGCAGUCGCUGCUUGACUCAGACGACGUGGAAGAGGGCCACGAGCUCAGGGAUCCCUAUGACGUGGACCUGGUGAAGGCGGAGCAAGAAAUCGAGACGUUGGCCCUUACUGAGAAUGCACCCACGAGUGGGGCGUCUGAGCUGCUGCCCACGCCUGCAGCUGAGGAGCCUGACAAGCCUCUGUCCAGUGACAAGCCCGAGGGUGAAGACGGUGCAGAUGAAGAGGCUGCAGAUGAAGAGGAAGAGGAAGGCACCGAGCAGACUGGCACUGAUGAAUCCGGCUUCAAGCCGUUGCUGCUGGACGGUCCCAGCAGCCUGUUCACAUCAUCAGAGGCAGCACAAACCGCAUGGGUGGCGUUUCAAGAAGAGCAGCAGAUGGCAGCAGCAGGUGAUGGUGGAGAGGGUAGUGCAGGAAUAGCAGAAGGGGCAGUGGAAGUGGCAGUGGAAGGGGCAGCUGAUUUGGCAGUUGAAGGGGCAGCUGAAGGGGCAGGUGAAGGGGCAGCGGAAGAGGCAGUUGAAGGGGCAGCUGAAUUGGCAGUUGAAGAGGCAGCUGCAGGGGAAGUUGACGUGGCAGCGGUUUCUGUUGGAGCUGAAGAUUCAGCAUCUGAAGUUACAAGAAGCAGUGAAAGUUCUGGUGCUGUCGCAGUCACUGAGAUGGAUGUAGCUGUGGUAAGCACUGAUGAAUCUUCUGAAAUUGGUGCAGCAGAAAGCAUUGAGGAGUCCGGCAGCGCUGGUGCUGAUGUUGCAGCAGCAAUCACUCAAGAAUCGAGUGUAGAGUCAGGAAGCACCCAGCAGGCUGUGGACGUUUUUGAGAGUUCACCCUUUGUUGCAGCUUCCACGCCAGAGGCAACAACAGAAGAAACUGCUGCAGCGCAAUCUGACGAUGCUCUUGAUACCAAAGCUGACGCUGCAGCUGCUCCACUCACAGAGGCUUCAACAGAGGCACAGACUGACACCACUUCAGGUGAAACUACAGAUGAGUCUCCGGCCACCGACGCAACAGCAACCGAAGUUCCCGUAGUAGCAGGUGAUGUAGCAGAGGCAACUGGUGAGGUAGUCUCAGGCAUAGAGGGGAACUCCUUGGGAGAAGGAAUCAGGGGUGUGGGGGAGACAGGUGAAGUAGGAGGGCAGCAAGACUUUCAGGGAGGUAACAGUGAAGUACAUGCAGGGACAGAAGCUGAUAGACUGGCAGGGGGUGGAGCUGCAGCUGCUGCAGCUGUAGCGCCGUCAUCAUCCGAGGUCCAAUCAGAAUCAGCAGGUGCUGUGGCCAGUGAAUUGGCACAAUGA